GCGGGGAGAAAGGGGUGUCAGUCGGAUCUCGCGAGAGAGGACGGAAGCCUGUGGGAGCCCGUGGCCUUUAAAGUGCGGUUCAGCCCUUUCCUCCAGGGGUAGUUUGUAAACACGGCUGAGCUCGGGCCUCCCGGGCGGCAGCGAGAAGCAUGAACUAGCGACCUGGGAAGCUGAACCCAAUCCAACUGAUAAAAGCAUAAAAAAAAAAAUCAAGCUGUUUCCAAAUGAAAAGCAUAUUGAAUUGGGCCCCCUGGAUGAGAUACUUGGAUGGAGACUUGAGAAGGACUGCUUACUUGAUUAGAGCUGAGGGAUUCCUGGCAACAGUGAAUAAAGCUCAUGGCCCACCAGUUAGAAAGAGAUCAUCUGAUUGGCUUAACUUGGUGAGAUGUCUCCCCUGGUUCACCUGAGGCAGAAAUCUGCUUUGAAACUUGAGCACAUGCUUUAAAGCAAUAUGAACUACAUUUUCUUACCAGUUUUAGAAGAGUUUUUGAGUAUCCUUGCCAUGAAACAGAGGACGUGAUAAGUUGCUCAACUUAUGAAAUUCAAGUUACAUGUGAAUUCUGCCAGGCAGUACAAGGACCUGUGGAAUAUGAGUGAUGACAAACCCUUUCUAUGCACUGCCCCUGGAUGUGGACAGCGUUUUACCAACGAGGAUCAUUUGGCUGUCCAUAAACAUAAACAUGAGAUGACACUGAAAUUUGGUCCAGCACGUAAUGACAGUGUCAUUGUGGCUGAUCAGACCCCUACACCAACAAGAUUCUUGAAAAACUGUGAAGAAGUGGGUUUAUUUAAUGAGUUGGCAAGUCCAUUUGAGAAUGAAUUCAAGAAAGCCUCAGAAGACGACAUUAAAAAAAUGCCUCUAGAUUUAUCCCCUCUUGCAACACCUAUCAUAAGAAGCAAAAUUGAGGAGCCCUCUGUUGUAGAAACAACUCACCAGGAUAGUCCUUUACCUCACCCAGAGUCUACUACCAGUGAUGAAAAGGAGGUACCAUUGGCACAAACUGCACAGCCCACAUCAGCUAUUGUUCGUCCAGCAUCAUUACAGGUUCCCAACGUGCUGCUUACAAGUUCUGACUCAAGUGUAAUUAUUCAGCAAGCAGUACCUUCACCAACCUCAAGUACUGUAAUCACCCAGGCACCAUCCUCCAACAGACCAAUCGUUCCUGUACCAGGCCCAUUUCCUCUUCUGUUGCAUCUUCCUAAUGGACAGACCAUGCCUGUUGCUAUUCCUGCAUCAAUUACAAGUUCUAAUGUGCAUGUUCCAGCUGCAGUCCCACUUGUUCGACCAGUCACCAUGGUGCCUAGUGUUCCAGGAAUUCCAGGUCCUUCCUCCCCUCAACCAGUACAGUCAGAAGCAAAAAUGAGAUUAAAAGCUGCUUUGACCCAGCAACAUCCUCCGGUUACCAAUGGUGAUACAGUCAAAGGUCAUGGCAGCGGAUUGGUUAGAACUCAGUCAGAGGAAUCUCGACCACAGUCGUUACAACAGCCAGCUACAUCCACUACAGAAACACCGGCUUCUCCAGCUCACACAACUCCACAGACCCAAAAUACAAGUGGUCGUCGAAGAAGAGCAGCUAAUGAAGAUCCUGAUGAAAAAAGGAGGAAAUUUCUAGAGCGAAAUAGAGCAGCAGCUUCAAGAUGCCGACAAAAAAGGAAAGUGUGGGUUCAGUCUUUAGAGAAGAAAGCAGAAGACUUGAGUUCAUUAAAUGGUCAACUGCAGAGUGAAGUCACCCUGCUGAGAAAUGAAGUGGCACAGCUGAAACAGCUUCUUCUGGCUCAUAAAGAUUGCCCUGUAACCGCCAUGCAGAAGAAAUCUGGCUAUCAUACCGCAGAUAAAGAUGAUAGUUCAGAAGACCUGUCAGUGCCAAGUAGUCCACAUACAGAAGCUAUACAGCAUAGUUCUGUCAGCACAUCCAAUGGAGUCAGUUCAACCUCCAAGGCCGAAGCUGUGGCCACCUCAGUCCUCACGCAGAUGGCGGACCAGAGUACAGAGCCUGCGCUUUCGCAGAUUGUUAUGGCUCCUGCCUCCCAGUCACAGCCCUCAGGAAGUUGAUUAGAAACCUGCAGUGCAGCAGUUUUAGAUACUCAUUAGUGACUUCAAAGGGAAAUCAAGGAAAGACCAGUUUCCAUUUAUGCGAAAUCUGUGGUUGUAAAUUUUUUUUUUUUUUUUUUUUACUUGAAAUUAAAUUUGGCUCUAAAGUUGGUGUAGCAGCAGUUGAUGAUAGACUGAACAACAGUUUUUAGUCUCUGGAAAAAGACUGAUUUUGCUUUUUUUAUAAAUAUUGUUAGAUUUAUUAAUUUUCUGUGCUCAAUGUGUAAAUUGUAUUAUAAUUCAUUGUGGUUUAUUUCACUUUUAAUUUGGUGGUGUUUUAAUAAAUGGGGGUGUUACUGAAUCUCUUCCCACUUCCAUUUCUUUUGACCACCUCUUAAUCCUCAGCUGUGAUGGUAGUAUUGUUUAUCAUUUAUACCAAAGUUCUGCAUAGUCCCUAUUGACUUUGUAAUAAUAACAAGGUCAUAAAGCACUAGCAAGAGAAAGAUAGAGAUUUGCUUUUAAUCUUUUUGCCUUUUAUUUUGCACAUUAUGCAAAAGGAAUAACAUUAGCGAACACUUUUUUAAGUGAGUGAAACAUGGUGAGAGACAUACGGUGCUUUUAUGCACACUCUGAAACUAAAUCAAGAUCAUUAAUCGUGCAUUUUCUUUUAAGAUUUUAAGUAGACAUGAAUUUUGGAAUCCUUUAUCAUUUCAAAAUGACUAUUUUUCAAGUCUUAAAUUCAGUAUUUUAGACCGUAUGUUUUGAGGCUAAUAAAAUACGAAAUUACAUAAUCUAUGAUACAGGGUUAUCCAAUAUAAUAAUUUUUUGAAAUUAGGUUUGGUUUUGGUUUUCUUUUUUUUGCAGAUUUCAGGUUACAAACUGAGAAGUUUAUGCAUAAUCAAGUAUGGUAUGGUUGCCAGAAAAAGCCUAAAAAUUACUUAGAAAAUUUAAGACUGUUUACCCCCCAUUGUCUUGUACUUGCAAGCUAACUUGUACUUAUUCUUGUGAAAGCACUGUCAUCUUUUAGUAGCAAAUUUUGAUAACGUUUCUCGUGGGAAAAAAAUCAGUAUCUAUCUUUAGAACAAUGUAAUUAUAAUGUGAGAAGCAAGAGUGAAUGAGAGAGAGAGUAUGAAUGUGUGUGUGUGUAUGUUUCUUUCAAUAGUUUAUGCCAGCAGUCUUUGCUUGAAUGUUUAACGAUGCCUUCAGUGUGAUGCUGGCCAAUAGAUGAUUGCAAUUUAAAAUGUCAUUACUGUGCAGGCUUGGAUAACUAACAUUCCAUGAUGUAGUUUGUUUCUGAUGAGAUGAUUGUAGGUACACUUUCCUCAUUAUCCAAUCAUCUGUGGGAUACUGAGUUUUCUAAUGUGCCAUUAUCUAUUUUUAUUCUGCAGUUAUGUUCAAAAUACAGUACAAUAUUUUAAAAUAGACUAAAUUGUUAAAAAUAAAGUAGUAGAUGUGUGUAAGAAAACUUUGUAAAAUAGUUGAGUCCUACCCAGUAGCAACUUCUGGCAUUCAAGCAGGAUUCCAUUAUGUAAAUAUCUGUAAUGCAUUUAUAAUAAGUUGUGUAGUUUGUUCUGCAUCUAUACUACACUAUUUACGAACGUCUCAGUGCCAUCUCCUAAUGAGACUGACAUUUAAAAAACCUAUAUCGAAUAUCCUUGAUAAUUCAAGGAAAUAUCCCACCUGCCUAAGUUCCAAACUGGGAAACAUUCAAAUUAUACAAAUGACAUUUCAGGACUUUUAAGUAUGAAGAUAAUAGGAUUUUUAUUGUUUGGCUUAUUAAAAGUGAGCGUUUUUAGUUGAUAAUUCUACUUCUAAAUUUUUUUUAUUUUUAACUGAUUUUAUAAUUUUAAAGUAAUGAAUUUCUAAUCGUGAUUUUGCCAUAGUUAUGCUAAGGAGUUGAUCUCAAAGGCACAAAAUAUAAAUUCUGCAAGAAGGCUAUUUUUUAUUGUAGUUUGAAUGGGUUAGGAAAAGCCUCAAUUUUUCACUCUCCUAAGUCCUUCAGUACAUUUUUCUUUCAUUUUAUUAUUUAUGCAAGUUAAAGUUUUUUGGUAACAGGAAUUCUUGCAACUGUAAAAUAAAACUACAUAGGUGUAAGAAGUCAUGUAAACGGUUAAUGAACUUUUAUCAAGGUUAGCAAAACUUUCAUUGUAAAUCAGUCUGUACUCAGCAAAUAAAAAUCAUUAUUAGUUGUAUAAACACAAAUUCCAUUUCGACUUUCAGGAUGUCACACUACUUCUGUACCUAGCAUUUUGAGUCCUUAUAUUUGCAAUGUUACACAAACUGUACUACUUUCUUUUAUGUGCAGUUUGCAUGAGUAAACCAUCAGAGAAUAAAUUCUAUCUUUAAAUUAUGUUCAUAA